CCUAUUUUCGAAUGACGCCUGAAUGUUUUGAAAAGUUGCUGGCUCUCACAGGACCCAACUUGACAAAAAAGACGGUAGUGCGUACUCCAAUCUCAGCUCGUACUCGACUCGAAAUCGUACUGCGUUAUCUGGCAUCCGGGGACAGUAUGGUAUCAAUUUCAUUUGCCUUUAGAAUCGGAAACAAUACUGCAUCUAAAAUUAUUGCUGAAGGUUGUGAAGAAAUUUGGCGAUGUUUAAAAGACACAGUAUUCUUGGUUGACAACGCAGAGAAUUGGACAUCUGUAGCAGAAGAUUUUGAAGCAAAAUGGAAUUUUCCGAAUUGUAUUGGGGCUAUUGAUGGGAAACACGUCACGCUGCAAGCUCCAGCAAAUAGUGGUUCCACAUUUUAUAACUAUAAGGGCAGUCACAGCAUAGUACUGCUGGCGUGUAGUGAUGCGCACUAUCGCUUCACAUUAGUGGAUAUUGGAGCAGAAGGUCGUCAGAGCGAUGGCGGGGUCUUCAGAAAUAGUGAGAUGGGUGGUACGUUUAAGGGAGAUCGGUUUCAACUACCUUCAUCUCGAGCUGUUAGCAGUGAUGGACCAAUCUUGCCAUAUGUUCUUGUGGCUGAUGAAGCUUUUCCGCUCACAGAAUACAUGAUGAGACCUUAUCCUCGAAGCCGUGCAUUAGAUCGGAGAAAAAAAGUCUUUAAUUACCGGCUCAGUAGGGCUCGCAGAGUGGUUGAAAGCGCAUUUGGUAUUCUUGCAGCAAAAUGGAGGAUCUUUCGUAAGCCAAUUGAGGCAUCUGUACCCACUGCUAAGAAAAUUGUGCAAGCAGCGUGUUGCCUCCAUAAUUAUAUAUUAUCGUACGAGGCAGAAACGCCUUUGCGGCCAAGAUUUUAUUCAACUUUAAGCACUGAUGAACGGUGUGCAACCUCCCUUGGGCUUUCUGACAUCCAAUAUCUUGGACCACACACACGCAGUCGACAUGCAACACAGAUAAGGGAAGACUAUGCUACCUUUUUCGAAGGCGCAGGUGCAGUUCCCUGGCAAUGGGAGAGAGCAAUGCAGAACGAUUUUUAAAACAUUGUUAAAUGAUUCGGCUUGUGCAAAAACUUGGUUUGUCUACCGCUUGCUUACCCAAUAGCUCUAAAUCUAUAAAUAUGUAUCAAUAAAUUGUUUUCCCGAUUAUAA